UCCACAAAGCUGAGAGAAGAAGAGGAGCGUGAAUUAACUUGCCUGACAGAAAAAUUGCGUCAGAUAUUAAAACUUUAAAAUGAGUCGCACUUAUAACGAUGAGCUGCAGUAUCUGGAUAAAAUCGGAAAGAACUGCUGGCGGAUUAAGAAAGGAUUCGUGCCGAAUAUGCAGGUGGAGGGAGUUUUCUAUGUGAAUGAUCCGCUGGAGAAACUGAUGUUUGAAGAGCUGAGGAAUGCGUGUCGUGGAGGAGGGUUUGGCGGCUUCCUACCAGCUAUGAAGCAAAUCGGAAAUGUCGCCGCCCUCCCGGGAAUUGUACACAGGUCUAUCGGCUUACCGGACGUCCACUCUGGAUAUGGUUUCGCCAUUGGAAACAUGGCUGCGUUUGACAUGGACAACCCUGAGGCAGUCAUCUCUCCCGGCGGAGUCGGGUUUGAUAUUAACUGUGGCGUGCGUCUGCUGCGGACUAACCUGGACGAGGGCGACGUGCAGCCGGUGAAAGAGCAGCUGGCGCAGUCCUUGUUCGACCACAUUCCUGUCGGUGUCGGAUCGAAGGGCGUCAUUCCCAUGAAUGCAAAAGAUCUGGAGGAAGCGCUAGAGAUGGGUGUUGAUUGGUCGCUGAGGGAAGGUUACGCCUGGGCUGAAGAUAAAGAACAUUGUGAGGAAUACGGCAGAAUGCUGCAGGCCGACCCAAACAAAGUCUCGUCCAAAGCCAAGAAGAGAGGCCUGCCACAGUUGGGUACACUGGGUGCAGGAAAUCACUACGCUGAGAUUCAGGUUGUGGAUGAGAUUUUUAACGACUAUGCGGCGAAGAAGAUGGGCAUCGAUCACAAGGGUCAGAUCUGUGUGAUGAUCCACAGCGGCAGUCGAGGCCUCGGCCACCAGGUGGCGACAGAUGCAUUGGUUGCCAUGGAGAAAGCGAUGAAGCGAGAUCAGAUCACUGUAAACGACCGUCAGUUGGCAUGUGCGCGCAUCACGUCUCCUGAGGGUCAGGACUAUCUGAAGGGAAUGGCUGCCGCUGGAAACUACGCCUGGGUCAACCGCUCGUCCAUGACCUUUCUCACUCGACAGGCGUUCUCGAAAGUGUUCAACACAACGCCUGAUGAUCUGGACAUGCACGUCAUCUAUGACGUCUCUCACAAUAUCGCCAAAGUUGAGGAGCACAUGGUGGAUGGCAAACAGAAAACUCUUCUGAUACACAGGAAGGGCUCAACGCGAGCGUUCCCUCCUCACCAUCCGCUGAUCCCCGUAGACUAUCAGCUGACCGGCCAACCAGUGCUGAUCGGAGGCACCAUGGGCACCUGUAGUUACGUGCUGACAGGCACAGAGCAGGGCAUGAGCGAGACAUUCGGCACUACGUGUCACGGAGCGGGUCGAGCGCUGUCCAGAGCCAAAUCCAGAAGGAACCUGGACUUCCAGGACGUUCUAGAUAAACUGGCAGACCAGGGCAUCGCCAUCAGAGUGGCAUCACCAAAGUUGGUGAUGGAGGAGGCGCCAGAAUCCUACAAGAACGUCACAGAUGUGGUGAACACGUGCCAUGAUGUCGGAAUCAGCAAGAAGGCCAUCAAGCUCCGACCCAUCGCUGUCAUUAAAGGUUAAACGGCAUCAGAAACGGCACGCAAGGCAUCAAAUACUUUUGACUGGGAGGUCCCACAGACGAGUGCUUACCACCAACUUCCUGUCAUGGUCUUCAAUAAUGACUGAGGAUUUGACCCGUGAGCUUUGCAUGGCAGAAUAAAACAAAGUGUGAUGAAUCUGUGCUUCUGAAGAUGGGGUGACUGAAGUUUACAUUGAUUUUGACUGACAAUACUCGAGUUUAUGCACUCAAUAAAAACUUAAUCAUCAGCGGUUUUGCUUAUUCUCAGGGUUCCCCUGGGUCCUUAAAAAGACUUUUAAAAGCUGUGCAGCACCCCUGUGCAUAAACAGGCGAGUUGAUGUAGGAAAUACAGAAGCACUGAAACAUCAAAGUGGGAUUAGUAAAUACUUUAUUGGUCAUGACAAAAGAUCCACAAAGUGGAAGUGAGGAGGGGGAGCGUGUCUCAGCAUAUCAAAAAUAAAUCAAGACAUUUCAGUCUACCUGUGUCUUUCUCUCCUCUCAUUUGGCAUAAAUACAGUGGGGGUUUUGAAGAGCAGGACUGGAGCAUUUCUGAUGUGUAACAGGUCAAAGGAAGUCUAAAUCAAACGUUCAUGUGUCACGGCAGAGAGAGAGAGACGGUCAUUGUAAUAUUAGUAAUGACUUCUGUUCAUGGCAGAGUCUCUCCGUUCCACAUUUGUUUACAUUUCCUUGAUUCGUAAACACUAAAGCCAAUGUGACAUAUCAAUGUUUAUGCUAAACCCACAUGCAACAGAUCAGCAUAUGAGUGUCUCAAGAAAUACAACACCGAUUGUCAGCCAUAUCUCCUUCCUACACAUGACAUGGGAAUAUUGAGGACGAGCAGGGCAGGCGGGGAAUCUUCAGAUAAUCCCAAAAUAAACAAACCUAGCAGCGUAACCCGACCGAAACGUUUCCCACACUGCAGAUCCAGGGAUCAAACCUCGUUAGAAAGAUUUUUCACAGUUUGUAACAUUACAGACAUUGCAUAUUUCAUACAUGUUUUUCAAACACAAGAUAGGAAAUCUCCAGAAUAUGAUGGACCGGCUGAACAUUUAGUGUUGAAUUGUUUGUUAGCGAUAUGAAGCCUGUGGAAUUACAGUACAGUUUUGUCAGGAACGUUUCAUGGAAAAUGAAGACGGUUUAUUGGAUAGAACAAAAAUGGUCUUGUAAAUUGAUCAAUUCGCAGUUUACGAACAAUUAAAAAGCAUGAAACAAAAUUAAUGCAAGAACAAAUAUUUUAGGCUCAAAAAGCAAUAAAAGAGCACUUCCAUUUUUUUUUUUUUUUUUAAA